AUGACUGUUGUGCAACCACGUCCUUCGCUGACUGCAGAUAUGGCUGACAAGACGCCGAAGGAGUCCGAUGCUCCCUUUGCAACCAGAAUAGACCCGGCUAAAGAGGGUCUUUCUUCGGAACAGAUGCACUUUAUCCAGCAGGUAGAGCGUGCACAGUGGAAGAAGAAAACACAUCUGCUGCGGGGGCGAAAUGCUGUCACAGGGCUCGCCAUCGGAGCACUCGUUCUGGGAAUCUAUGGCUACACAUUUUACUCAGUCUCCCAGGAAAAGAUCAUGGAUGAAAUAGAUGAGGAGGCCAAACGUGCAAGAAUGCAGGGACCAAGCACCGGUGCCAACUGAGACGCAUGAGUUGCCUGCCUGUUGUUGGACUGUGUGUCUGUCCUGCACUUAACUGAGAAGGGACUUAUGUGGACACUAAUGCCACUGAUUCAUAUUCCAUGGACUGGCCGCUGUUCUUUCAUGCUGAGACAGCGCUGGACUUUUUGUUUUGUCAUGAUUUUGAAGGGUGAUUGUGUGGUUUCUGCUGCUGACUUAAAACUAGAAGUGUCUUGAUUUUGAAUAAACUUGCCUGCCAGUGGAAAGGACUUAUCACUGACCUCCACAUGAUCUUUACAUGCUAGCCAAAAGGCCCAGGCUUAUUAGUAAUUAUAGUCGUUACCUGACAGGUUUCCAGCCCAGAUCAUGUGAUGUGCAUACAGUAUGAGGGGAAUAUACUAACUUUCAGUCAGCAAGUGAUGUUAAAUCUACAGUGGCCUUUAACAGCAAAGGAUGCCAGUGACACUGCUGAAAUGACACAUGAAUCAACCUGUUGAAACAUGUUAUUUAUGUUGAAAAAGUGAUGAGUUGUUAAAUAAAAAUCUACUGUAUUUGA